AUGGCAACCUCCGCUUCAUUUCACGGUGUUGUUGGUCUUCAGAACGGAAGCAGAUAUCAGAUUGACAAAAAGAAUUACUGGCGUCAUGACGCUUUUAUCGCGACUCCAGAACUGGGAGAUGUUCGAAUCAACGUGUUCACGUUUGGUGCGUCUGCGGAAGACGGAAUCUAUCUAUUGGAUGCACGGACCACUAGUGACUCUGAUCCUAUCAUUGACGACGAAGGACUGGUCAGAAAUGCGCGCAUGCGCGUGACCGCACUCCACCGUCAAUUCGUCGAAGUCUAACUUUUCAAUAUACACUGAAAGCCGCUGCAUCCCACGCAUCAACUUUUUCCUCCACGCCGUUCUUUGUGGACAGUAAGCCGAAGUUAAUUUCCGCUGCGGGCUGCUACUGGACCUGCGGACCGAUCCGUUUACUCGGGGCCAAUUAUAUACGGCGUUGUCCAAGGACUGUGCGAAUAUCGUGUUUCCUCACUCGCUGCUGUAAAUACAAUUUGCCGUCGAAGAGCAGACCGAAGGCGUGUCCUUGUAUCCAGUAUGAUAGGCGUCGAGUCAUGUCGCCGAUGUCGCGAUCCAUAUCAAGCUGACGACUUCAGCUGGGCC